AUGCUAAGGCCACAGAGUCGGGUGCGGGGGGGUGAGACACGGUGCUCACUCAGAAGGCGGCUGGAAGCGGCGCCGCGCGGCGGAGAAACGGCCCGCACUGGAGAUCGAGCUCAGGGGUCAGAGAGUUCUUGCGGACAGACACGGACGGCGGCCGCGGACUCCGGAGAUGCACAUGGUGCGAGGGCGCUGCGCAGAGGUCGGAGGACGCCUCGGGUCUCUUUUCCAAGCGGGCGGCGGCGGCAGGGGGGAGUCGCAACGCAUCGCCUCACCCGAGCGGGUUCUGGGGCGCUUAGCGGCUCCGAGGGGCGGACGCGGCUAGCGCGCCGGGGCGGCGGCACCGGAGGCGGAAAGGGCGCCCGGGCACGGGGAGUCGCGGAAGAAUACCGCCGCGCGGCGGCGCGUGGGCCGGGAACCGCUCGGCCAGGCCGGCCUGGGCUGUCGCAAGGCGGCUGGAAGCGGCUGGCGGGGCCAGCGAGACGGCGGCGGGUCGGCGGGGAUGAUUGCCGGAGCCAGGGUGAAUCAUGGGAGGGUCUUGCAGGAAGAACGCAGCCCCGGGCUCACACAACACCCGAAGGAGAGAAGGGAAGAAAAGGAGAGGAAGGAAGAGAAAGUGGUGCUGCGGGCGCCGGCAGCCGGCGGCGGGCGGGGAGCUUGCGUGCAGCAGGGCAGGGGGAAGGGUGA